AUGGUUAACAAAAGAAAAUUUACUGAAGUUAAAUCUACAUUUUCUAUAAAUGAAUGUUUCAAUUCUUUUAAAAGGCCACGCACCGAUUCUUUUAAAAAAUCGAAUUUUAUUGAUCAAUUUAAUCAGUUUCGCUCAACACUCUGUUCUGAUGAGGAAAUUGACAUUAAUUUGUUCAAAAGACUUUAUGAUUUUUUUCAAAAGAAUAUUUACAAUUCGAAAUUUAUCUCUCAAAUUGGUCCACUUUGUGAUAUUAUGUUUGUUACUAAUUUACUGAGUUGUUAUAAUUGCACUCUGAAUCAAACCGACUUAUUAAUUUUUGAUAUUUUGGUGUUACUGGAAAAUAAAUUGAAUGUUUUAGAAUAUUUUGACCAAAAAGUUAUGUGGGAUACUUUAACAAAAAUGACUAGGUUUCAUCAUAAAAAGACAAAAAGAAAUCGAAGAGUAAUUAAGGCUGACGAAAAAUGUUAUGAUCCACGCUUUGUUUUGCGUUCCCUUUUACAAAUAGUGGAAAUGGAUCUAAAGUUCAAUUGUAAAAUUAUGAUAUCUUCAAAUGCUCUAUCGUUUUGCUUUGCCUCAACAAGCUUUUACGAUUCUACUCUUCGAUCACUUGCUUAUACUGUUUUACAAAAUUUUCAAAAAAGAUUAAAGCAACAGAAUGAACAUUUUCGGCAAAAACUUCUUUUUGGAUUUUUUAUCGAUUUUUUCAAAAAUAGUAUUCUUACAGUAAAUCAGAAGGCAUGUCAAUUUGCCAGUCAAUUCUUUGCCAGAUAUUCAAAAAUAGCCUUAACACCAACAAAUCCAUUGUAUUCACCUUUAACUUCUUUUUUCAUUCAAAAACCUUUUAUGGAUUUAGAAUCUGUUCCGGAAUUUUCAAAAUUAUUUUUUAGUUCAUCUUCAGAAAAUUGUAGAGAAGAGAGGCGUUGGAUGCUUAGACUUAUUGAUGAUUCUAUUCUUGAUUUUAAUGAUUAUCAAAUAUUGGGAAAAAUGUAAGAAAAGAAGGAAUUUUUUUAUCUAUUCAAUGAAUCCGUCCCUGAAGAC